AAAGCUUACAAAGUCAUGCAUAGAUGACCUAUAGUGGUUUUUCACCAUAGUCUUACGACUCGGGGGAAUUUCGAUGUUUUGUUAGAGAUUUAGAUUCACAAUGGCGGGAUUUCAGCUAAAUUCGAUGAUUUCGGAACAUGAGCACAUCCUGUCGGGCUCGACAUUUUAGAUAUUCGAAACAGUGGGAAUUUUACCCGGGAAUAUGGUUAUAUGUCUUUGGUUAAACUUAGUAAAUUUGUUUACAGUUUUAUAGAAUUAGCUUAAAAUGGGAACUAGGCGUAAAUUAACAACUGAAGCCGUGGUGGGACGAAUGCAGAGGUCAUCACAGCGUGAAAAUUCUGAAAAAGAAGAGGGUUCAAUCGUCAGGAUCAAACUGGACAACUUUCUAACAUAUGAUGCCGUGGAGUUUCAUACUGGCCCAUCUCUGAAUGUCAUUAUUGGCCCCAAUGGUACGGGGAAGAGCUCCAUCGUUUGUGCUAUAUGUUUGGGACUUGGUGGUAAGACGGGACUAUUGGGCCGAGCUCAGCAGCUGGGAGACUACAUCAAGUAUGGAUGUCAGAAAGCCAAGAUCGAACUGGAAUUAUAUAACAACAAUGGAGAAAACUGGAUAAUUUUACGGGAAAUUCAGAAAAACAACACUUCAUCUUGGUCUGUUAAUGGCCGAACAGCAACAAUGAAAUCGGUUGAUGAACUGGUGGCCAAACUGAAGAUUCAGGUGGGAAAUCUCUGCCAAUUCUUGCCGCAGGAGAAGGUUGCUGACUUUGCCAAAAUGUCACCAGAGGACCUUCUAGAAAACACAGAAAAAGCUGUUGGCAUAUCCGAGUUGUUUGAAAAUCACCAGCACCUAAAACAGUCCAGAACUCAUGCCAGAUCGAUGGAGCAAAACUUGAAUAGUUUGAAAGAAAGAUUGGAGAACCUGAAACAGAGGAACGCCCGUCUAGAACAAGACGUCAAAAACUUUGAAGAACGUGAAAAGCAUUUGGGAAAAAUUCGAAUAAUGCAGAUGAAGAGGCCAUGGGUUGAGUACGAGAUGCACAGACAACAGCAUGAAGAACUAAAAAGGCAUCGGGAUCAGAGGAUCGUGGAAUUAAAAGCAGCCAGAUUACAGUUGUACCCCCUGGACAAAAAAAUAGAUGCCCUGAAGAAGAAAAAAGAUGAAAUGGAUGCACAGAUGAAAUCCAAGACUGAUGUUUUGAGGAAAUUUGCAAACGAUGCCCAUGGUAAUAGUAAAGAAAUAGAGAGAUAUGUUGAUCAGUUCCAAGAGGUUCAAGAUAAUCUGAAACAGAAAGAAAGUGAAGAGGAAAAUAGAAAAAGAAGAAUCGUGGACCUAAGGAGACAGGUAGAGGCACUGGAGGAAGAACUUCAAACUUCUGUUGAAACAGUGAACAUACAGCCUCAGUUAGAAGAAGUGACAAAUGAAAUGAGAAAGACAAACCAAAGCAUGAGUUUGUUGAUGCAGGAUGGAGAGAGGGUACGACGUGAAAUUGACGGCCUGAAAAGACAAGCAGAUGGUUAUCAACAUGAACUUAAAGAAAUUCAAAACAUAGAGAAUCGAAAGCUUGAAAUGUUAAGAAACAGGCACAAGCCGACUUACGAGGCUGUGAUGUGGUACAAGGACAACCAAAAUAUAUUCCAAGGACAAGUACACUUGCCUCUUCUUCUGUCAGUGAAUCCUACAUCCCCUGCUGUGGCCAAAUACAUAGAGAUGCACAUCAGUGCCAAUGACAUGAAGGCGUUUAUUUUUGAGAACACCGCUGAUUACAAUACCUUUAUGAGGGAGGUCAGGGACAAGCAGAAUUUGAAGGUCAAUGCUUUAAAAGUACCUCCCCAACCCCUGAGUGCCUUCAAAUCUCGUCAACACAUCUCACAUUACAGUAAGUUUGGCUUUUCGAACUUUCUGAAUGACUACAUUGUUUGUGCUGAUGGUGUGAGGCGCUACCUGUGUGCCCAGUAUCAGGUGCACAACAUCCCAAUUGGAACAAAGCGUACCAAGGAUCUUAUCGAGGACAUCAAAAGACGAUGUCCUGAGAUGCGGACAUUUUACACUGAUGAGUACCAGUACUCGUGUCGUGUUUCUAAGUAUGAUAAAUCUGUGUCUUCCAGGAGUACCAAAAUCAGGGACCCCAUGUGGAUGUCUGCUUCAGUGGAUGCCUCCAGGGUCCAGGAACUCAAUACCGAGAUCAAAAAUUGUCAGGAACAGAGAAGAGGGAAGGAAAGUAUGUAUGCCAGACUUCAGCAGGAGUCACAGGAACUAGAUACAAAGAUGAACCAACUCCGAGAGAAAAAGAAAAACCUAACACAAAUGAAGGACAAGAAGAAGCGGCUACAGUCUCAGAUCGAGUCCAAGAAACAGAGGAUACAGAGUGAGGAGACAGAGGCUAUAGACUUGGAUGCAGAGAAAACGACCACGGACAGAAAGAAGAAGGAUUUAUAUAUAAAGAUGUGUGUCAGUCUGCAGAAAAUGAAGGACAACACCAGGGAAUGUUUGAAUCUCAGCACAGCCAAAGUUCGAUUAAGCCUGAAACAUGCUUCUAUUGUUCGAGAUCUGGAGCGUUUGGAGGAUUCAAAGCGAGAGCAGUCACAUUCCAUGCAAGAUUUAGAGAGAGAAUUUGAGCAAGCCAAAGUACGAGUUCGCGAGGUUAAAGAGCGGGCCAAGAGGUUGUUGCAGGCAGCUAAGAAAGCAACUGGGACAGCAGACAACGAGGAGUUGUCAGAGGACAUCAGACAGCGGUUUGAGAGAGUGGGAGCGAAUACUUUAGAAGAGAUUGAUGAAGCCAUUCAUGAACAGGAAGCCAGAGCAGAUUCUCUGUAUCAGACUGAUGAACGGGUUGUACAAGAAUACCAACAGAGAAAAACCGAGAUCAGUAAUUUGGAGUCUGACCUGGAAAAUCGUGAGCGAGACAUGAGCGGUCAUCAGGAGAAGACUGAGGAGAUGAAGCGGCAGUGGCUUGAUCCGUUGAGGGAGAUGAUGGAGAAGAUCAAUGAAAACUUUGGCUACUUCUUCUCGUGUAUGAAUUGUGCUGGAGAGGUGGAUCUAAGUGUACCGCCUAAUGAGGAGGACUAUGAGAAGUAUGGGGUGAGGAUUAAAGUGAAGUACCGUGACUCUGAGCAGCUGAGGGAGCUGAACAUGCACCACCAGAGUGGAGGGGAGAGGAGUGUGGCUACCGUCCUGUAUCUACUGGCGCUCCAGGAACUGGCCAGGUGUCCCUUCAGGUGUGUCGACGAAAUCAACCAGGGCAUGGAUCCAGUGAAUGAAAGAAAGGUCUUUGAGUUGGUCGUGAAGACGGUGUGCAAGAAAUCCAGAUCACAGUAUUUUCUGCUCAGUCCCAAGCUCCUGCCUGAUAUGGAAUAUGCCAGUAAUAUGACUUAUCUCUGUGUUUAUAAUGGAUCCAACAUGUUGAACCACAAGGACUGGGAUCUUAAAAAGUUCGUUCAGAGGAGACGGAAAUUAGGAAAUGAUUUCUGAACCUUUACAUGACAUACAUCAGAUCAAACAGGAAAUGUAGUCACAAAAGUACACAUUUGAAGCAUUCCACAGCAGGAGAAUUGUAAGAAGAUGACUGAACCAUCUGUCAAAGUAAGAUGACCACCAGAUCAUGAGAUAUUAAGAAGACUAUGGAGCUAUGGACCACAAAGCUGCGGCUCAGGAAGAUUAAAAUUUGUCAGGAGUAGUGAUUUAAUAAACAAAAUGUGAUGUGCAAUACACAAGCUAUUUAUCAUACAUACUGAACACAGUACUAGUCAUUUACUAUGCAAGAUGAAGACACCAGGAGAAUGUGAAUUGCACAGCAUAUCGGUUUUAAUUUCUUGUCCCCUCAUUUCUUGCACAAGCCACAUUUUAUUUACUUCAAGUGAACACUUCGUGAAAAUAUUUUAACUUCCACUAGAUAUGAAUAUCAGUAAGGUUUUGAACAUUUGAAUUUCAGGGUUUUUUUUCAUGCUGUGUUUCCCCCCUAAUUUUAUAUUUAUGUAGUAUUUUUUAAAACUUUUAUUGUCAUGAUUUUAACAACAUACUGAAUGAAAAUCUUAAAGAUUAAAACAUAUACAUGUGCGUGUGCCUGAAUAUGCUCAUAGAUGUGUUCUGAAAUUGAGAGGGGAAAUGUCUCCAACUCUCACAUAGAGGUACAUGUUUGUUCAACUUUGCGGAAUAGCCAUGCUAAACUGUGUACAUAAAUUUGUCUGUAGUUUAAUUAUAUUUUUCAGUUUUUAUACGCUCGUCUUUAGGCAGGACGUAUUAGGGUAGUACAGCAAUGUCUGUAUGUCUGUCCAUCUGUGUGGGGUUUUCUGUUUCUAGAUUCAUUUCUCUGUCACAUACAAAUGUAUUAAACUGGAACUCGCUGUA